AUGUCAGAGAGGAAACCACACUACAAUGAAACCUCAGACUAUCAGAGAGCAGUGGAAAGCCCACAGACCUUGCUAUAUAAUGUCGGGGUCCCUACCUGUGGUCCAUCUCAGAGCGUCUACCUGCUGUACAACUCCGAGCUUCUACCUGCUGUAGAGACACUCACCUUUGAUCGAAACAACAGCCGAUUCCCCUCUACAAUUGCUCAGGCCAAGUGUCUACACAAAGGCUGUGUGGACACAAAGGGUAAUGUUUACAACAAUCUUGAAUCGCGCCCCAUCAAACAGGAGAUCCUGGUCCUCUACCGGGAGAGGAGAGGCUGUGUCCCCACCUUCAAGUUGGAGAAGACAAUAGUCACAGUUGGCUGUACCUGUGUCCGGAACAUGGCCUAA